CAUGCCUGUUUUAAUUUAGCUUAAGUUAGCUAUAUCUAAUGUGAAAACUACUACAGCAGAGAUGUCUUUUAUGAAGAUCUUGGCUGUUAUUUUCAUCUUCAUGUUGUCGAAGGCGGCGUCUGCGACUGCAGAAGCGAAAUGCACAGAAAAGGACCCGCGCCAAGUUUAUCCAUAUUGCAUGUAUUCUGGUACCGAUAGUUCGCUGUGGUGCGACCAGUCCAAUUACAAGAGAUUACCUAGCGUGGAUGAAAUCAACAGACAUUUAGCACCAAAUCGUAACUGCACUUCAGCGAAAAAACUCUACGUCAACGACAGUUGCUUACAAGAGAUAAGUGAAGAUGAUCUCAAACCAUAUCAAGAAAUAUCGAUAUUGUACGGAGACAGGAACAACAUCGUUCACUUGGCUUCAGAAACAUUCGAAAAGAACAAGAAAUUAGAGAACAUGAACUUCCGCUCGAAUAAAAUUCAAGCCAUUGAGCUAUACGCCUUCAGAGGUCUUAAACAAUUGAAACGUUUAUAUCUUGAUGACAACAAAAUCACAGAACUGCAUCCAGGGACGUUCGCCGCCUUGUGUUCACUCCAGGUUAUAUCUUUAAAAAACAAUCAACUGAGAUCAAUAGGCCGAAGUCAUUUUAAUUCCUUGAAAAAGUUGGAAACUCUACAACUUCAAGGUAAUUUGAUACAGCGUAUUGAAGACCGAUCGUUCAGUACAUUGAAAGGACUUAAAAAUCUUCACCUUGACAAUAAUAAAAUAUCUGUUAUCACGCCCAGAACCUUCAGCGGGUUGGAAGGGCUCGAAACCUUAACUUUAACUCAUAACGGAAUCAGAUCGUGGCCAAGAACAUACGGGGUUGUUUUCGUCAAUCUGCAAACACUACAUCUUGGCAGUAAUGCCAUAUCAGAGAUAUUUCUACCGGAACACGUAGAAAAUGUGGCGAAGCUCAGAUAUCUGUCAUUAGACAACAACUUGAUUUCAAAACUGCAUCCAGACCUAUUCCAGGCUACCCCAGAACUUCAACAUUUAAACUUGAGUAGUAACAGUUUUGAAGAUAUUCCGGCCGAUGCAUUUGAAUCAUUGAGUGAAUUGCAUUCGCUUAUCUUAAAAGACAAUCGAUUGAAAACACCAAAAUCUGACUGGUUUAAAAAUGUUAUCAAGAAUGCAAACGAAGAAAGUAAUGUGGGGUUAGAAAUGAACGACUGGAUUUGUGAUUGUGAGAGUUUAAGCUAUCUGCAAUACGUCGAAGAUUUGCAUAAACACGAAAAUCCGAUAGUCCGAUCGUUAGCAAGAAGCCUUCAAAUAGUUUGCCACAGCCCAGAUGACCAUCAGAAUAAACUUUUGGCCCCGGAACUGGGAAACGAAAUAAUAUCUCGUCAAAAUUGUACACAUUCCAUUUUUGAUAUCCCCCCACCAACCACCCCAUCCGUCGUUGUAAAAUCGAAUAACCCUAACGAUGAAGAAUCUAACAUCCCAAAAUAUAUGCAAUCGUCUACAGAAAUUGAAAAUACCAUUCCUAUGAUUUUUGAAGUAUUUACCGAAAAUGAAAACACAGGCGUAAUUGUGGGCAUUUUAGUUGGAUUGUGCGCUGUGGCUAUCAUUGCGUUGGGCAUUUGGUAUCGCAAACGCAAGAAAUCAGAUUUAUCUGUUUUCAGGAAACGUAAUUAUAGUACUCGUAGCCAAACGUCGAAUCCAUUAAUAGCGGAUGCGUAAUUACAUUUGCUAUUGUGCUUGCAGCUUGUGUAAUUCCAAUCAGCCCUAUCAAUACAUUUUCGGUGAUCAACCAUUACUCAAAUUUAGAAUCUUCAGAAGUAGCCAAAUCAUUUUAACCUGAAAUAAAUACUCUACAUUACCUAUUUUACUUCUGGAUAUUAUAUUUUUAUAUACGUUUUUUAUACUCAAAAAUGUUUAAACAUGCAAUGUCUCUGAUUAAUGCAUCUUAAAAAUAUCUAAAUUACUUGUUUAAAAUUAUUUUCUUCUAUUUCUUGUCGUUAUUGUUAUUGGAAAAAAAUUUUUCUCGUCGACUACUGGAACAAUUGCUUUAAAAUUCUCAGCUGUUGAAUAUUGUUGUUUUCGCUAGUUGUUGUUCUCUAUGAUUUUUAGUAUUUUCCUCCCUAUUCCUAUUUUAAUAAUUUUGUUUCAUUUAAUUAAGUUUAAGAAUUCAAUUAUAUAUGAAGUUCUCUCAUCUUUUACUUAGAGUUCAUUAGUUUGAGGCUAUGGUGAAUGAUUAAUAAACGUAGUAGGCUCCGGUGGGUGCUUAGUCAUAAUUUGGUGAAUACCAAGCUUCCAUCAAAUUUAUUUUAGUUUUAUUUUCAUUUUAUUCAAUUAUUUUUCACUGUAUUUCACUGUUUUUCAUAUGUUUUUAAAAAUUAGCGAACAUAGAAAAACGUCCAAAAAA